AUGCGAGUCUCUUUACUUCUUUCUACCUACAUUGCAAUGGCUAUCUCGACUUUGGGCCUUCCUGCUGGUGACACUCGCCUAGCCCAACUGCGAUUGUAUGGCGCACCCAGCUGCUUGGAGGAGAACCUGGGCGAGCUGGGUAUCUACGGCUCGACCUUCAAUCAAUGCAAAGCCUUCCCCAGAAACGACACCAUUGAGUCUGUCAGCUUUGAAUGCAGUUUUGCGGGCUGUAGUGUGCAAAUCUUCAGCGACGGCAACUGUUUCUCCGGUCAGCACAACGUGACGGUGGCACAAUGCCUCAGUGGCGAUACUGAAUACAUGAGCUACAAGUUAGUGUGCAACUAG